AUGAUCGCCAGCGUAGGAUCCGAUAGCGAACAUCGUCUCAUCCUGCGGGUUACGGUAGUCCAGAAAAGUGGGCGGAGUCUCGAAGACAGUGGAGAAAUGGGAUUCCCGUCCGAUGCAUACGGCUACUGUAGAAUACGGGGAUUCAAUGAUUUCGCCGCCGCCCGUCGUGAUUUCCACGUGGCAUUUCGAGAUGGCGGAGACGUUGGCAUCCAGAAGACGUUGAUAGUUUUUGUGGGCGGAGCGUCCGAUCAUCAUACGGUAGACUUCGGUGUAUUCGGAAUAGUGGAUGGACAGUGUCUCACACAAUCCACCGACGAGACGCCGUCGCCAACAACUAUCACUGGAGCCGAGGCGGAUGUGCUUCUGGAAAUAAAAUUCUGGGUGAUUUGA